GUGGCCCGCGGGUCAGUUCACUCCGAUCUGGGAUCGCGGCCGCCAGGUCUCCGAAAGGUCAAAAUCCGAAACGGUCGCCGCCACCGCCGCCGUUGUGCCGAAAAGUUCGCGAUUUACUAAACACAAAUAAUAUUCAUUUUUUUUUUUUUGUGUUGUUUUUAAUUUUAUUAUUACAAAAUAAUAAAUUGCGUUUUUCCCGUGCGGUAAAGAAAAUUUGAUAAAAUUACAUUUUACGUCGUGGUAGUGCCGCGUGACCGACCGUCGGUAAAUUAUACGGGGGCAUCCCGCGAGUUUUCGUCCGACACAUCAGCGUCGCGUUCGUCGGGCCAGCCCGGCAGUUUCAGCGGAAGCUCAGGUCCACACCGGCAGGCACCAUUAUUAUUCCGCAUAACGGCCUCGCGGUGUGUCGCGCGGCGGUAGGCGGAUUAUGCACAGUGUCCGGCGGCGGGCCCGGCAUGACCGGUGGCGGGCCGUUGGGCGGCUCGGCCGCGCCGCCCUCACUGCAGGUACCGCACGGCGUGCCGCCGGAUCCGCUGUCCGGUGGACAUCACCACGAUCUUGGCGGAUUCACCCGUAGCAUGGCCCUGGUGACGCCCGCGUGGCGCGAUCCGCCGGUCGGCGGGGGUGGACAUCACAUGGAAGAGCCGCAACAGAGUACCACGCCGGGUACGGCCAGCUCGCAAUCCGGCGGCUCGUUGGCCGCGCUCAGCGGACAGUGCGACAAAAACGGACAGAACAUCGAGUGCGUCGUUUGUGGCGACAAGAGCAGCGGUAAACACUACGGACAGUUCACUUGCGAAGGGUGUAAAAGCUUUUUCAAGAGGAGCGUCCGCCGAAACCUGACUUACUCGUGCCGGGGAAGCCGGAACUGCCCUAUCGACCAACACCACCGGAACCAAUGUCAGUACUGUCGGCUGAAAAAAUGCCUGAAAAUGGGUAUGCGCCGAGAAGCCGUACAGAGAGGUCGAGUUCCGGCCAGCCAGCCGCCCAGUCUGACGGGUUUACCCGGUCAACUGUGCCUGACCAACGGUGACGCGGCUGCGGCCGCGGCCGCUGCGGUGGGUGCAGUAGGCUUGAACGGCCACUCGUACCUGUCUUCGUAUAUAUCGCUACUGUUGCGGGCCGAACCAUACCCGACAUCCAGGUACGGUCAGUGCAUGCAACCCAACAACAUCAUGGGCAUCGACAACAUAUGCGAACUGGCGGCCCGACUGUUGUUCAGUGCGGUCGAAUGGGCCAGAAACAUACCGUUCUUCCCCGACCUCCAGGUAACCGACCAAGUGGCUCUGCUGAGGCUCGUUUGGAGCGAGUUGUUCGUGUUGAACGCGUCGCAGUGUUCGAUGCCGUUGCACGUGGCUCCUCUGCUGGCAGCCGCCGGACUGCACGCCUCUCCCAUGGCCGCUGAUCGAGUGGUCGCCUUCAUGGACCACAUACGCAUUUUCCAAGAGCAAGUGGAAAAGCUCAAAGCCCUGCACGUGGAUGCAGCCGAAUACAGUUGUCUGAAAGCAAUCGUCUUGUUCACCACCGACGCAUGCGGGUUGUCGGACGUGGCUCACAUCGAAUCGCUGCAGGAAAAAUCUCAGUGCGCCCUGGAAGAGUACUGCCGGACACAGUACCCCAACCAACCCAUAAGGUUCGGCAAGUUGUUGCUCAGGUUGCCGUCUUUGCGCACAGUCAGCUCACAAGUGAUCGAGCAGUUGUUCUUCGUCCGGCUGGUGGGCAAGACGCCCAUCGAGACUCUCAUCCGGGACAUGCUGUUGAGUGGCAGCAGUUUCAGUUGGCCGUACAUCAACUCCAUGUGACACUCCGUUUGGAGGCAGAUGACAGGGACGCCUGCCUCGUUAUGAGCGCAAAAGAAACAAUGAACAAAAACAAAAUUAUGAACAAAAUUAAGAACAAAAAAAUUAAAAAAAAAAAAAAAACAUUCGAAAAAUUGGCAUCACCUCGUGUAAAAGAAACCGGACAAAGCGGCAGGCAAGAUACAACAGCGAGGACCUUUGUCGAGCUCAAAAAUAAAAGUAACCAAAAAAAAAAAAUCUGUUGAACGAAAAAAAAUAA